GGGAUCGUACCCAUUCGCCCCCUCACCCUGCUCGUGCUUGCACUUUUCCUCUCCACCCUCUUCACCGUCGCGAUCUCAUUUUCGUUCUUGGGACAUGACGCCGACGAACCGUAUUUCAAGAAAACUUUGGACGACGUCGCGCAGACGAACCCUGGUAUUGUGCUUCUCGGUGAAAACGUUGAUGUUGACGUCGACGAACCCUCGAUCGGGAUUCGGUGGUCAAUCCUCGGAUGCGGGGACGGUUACGUUCUCGAUGGGAGUGCUGGCGUUCAUGGAAGUGAUCUAUGUGGGUUACCGAGCUCUUAUCUCGAGAUAUAUGUCGAUAGUUCAAUUGAACCGACUGCGAUAUAUGACCCUUCUCAUCUCCCGUUCGUGAGUCAGACAGGGCGGCGACGCGAUAUCCAAAACCUCGUCCAGUUCGACAGCGACCACACGCUCGACGUCCACCUUGAUCGGCUAUACCCUUUCGAUAACUACAUCCUCACUAGCACCUUACGCGCCGUUUCCACCUCUAACACGACAAUCCCGAUCCAGAAACUCGCAACUAUUGAUCAAGUGUCCAGUUUUGUAAUUGAGAGCACUUAUGAAGUCGUGUCUUCUCCUACCAAUACCACCACCACCACUUCCGGUAGCACCGACGGUGUGCAAACGACUCAAAUUCCAACUCGCGACAUCGAUCUGUACGUCUCACGACCCGCCCAAGCCCGUGCUUUCACGCUUCUCUUAUUCGCACUAUCCUGGUUUCUCGCCCACGCGACGCUUCUGUGCGUCUACCUCGCGCGGAAGUGUAGUACUUAUCGCACCACCCGUUCAGCGAAACCAAUUCUCAAGCAUCUUGGGGGCAGUUUGAUGGUUUUACUCGUAAUCCCACAGUUGAGGAAUGCGAUGCCAGACGCCCCAGGGUAUGAUGGGGUGUUAAUAGACUGUAUUGGGUUCUUUCCGCAGAUGAUUUUGUCGAGUUUAUCCGUUCUUGCUCUAUUAUUGUUGAUGAUUCUCCGGGAGCUUGAAGGUAUGGAAGGCGAAGACAGACGGGACGAAAGUAGUGUUGGCAUUAAUGUCAGUGAGCCCCCGCCUACUCCUUACCAUCACCGCGCUACGCAACCAGCGAAACAAGCACCACCACCACCACCACCUUCUCCAGCGGCUUUCGGUACCGAUCCAAGCUCACAUCUGAAGCCAUGGACGAAAACUGAGUCGGGUCCGAAUUCCACUUCGACCCCUCUCAAGCGCCUUAUCCUAGCGACGAAGAGGAGAAACCAGACCCGGACGUCGUCCGUCAGUCUAGAACGUGGUCAUCUUCUCCGUGACGAGAGUGAUACGGAGAAAGGGGAUUUCGAUACAGACGCGUUUCUUACAACCUCGACGACCCCCACCCCGACGUCUUCGUCGUUUCCCACCACUAUCGCCUCAUCGUUUGUCAUCGCAUCGAGGUCCCCGUCGCCGUCUGACUCAGAGGAAAUUGCGCGUCCUGAGCAACAGCAGCAUCAACAGCAGCAGCAGCAGGCUCGGACGCAGUCGCGGCGGACCUCUGGCACUCGUAGCGCAUUCUCGGCUUUUGGAGGACGGCCUGGUAGUGUCUACAGAUAUGAAUUGGCGAGAUCGAGUAGUUACAGAUCGUCGAAGAGGAAUGUGUAGAUUGCUUCGUGUAUCAGAGUUACUUAGUAUUACUACUUACUUGUGACUUUCUACUGUAAUAAAGCGGAUACCCAUUGACUCGG